CAGAACAGAGCUUUAGUCUGAAAGUCGUCAAGUGUGGCACGCUAUGUUUACUCGAUGGUGUGUUGUUACCUUCGUGGUCAUGUACUUCGGAAGAAGUGACUGUUAAAGGGGCAAUAGCACAUUGGAAUAUUACAUAUAACCCAUUAUAUGAUAGCUGUAGCAGUUGUGAAUCAAGCGGUUGUUGGUGUGGGUACAAUGUUUCCGAUGAAGGGAAGUUCCUUUGUUUCUGCGAGGAUGCAACCCAUCCAAAUCAAUGCCCAGUCCCACAAGGUAUUUGGCUCAAAAUCUCUCUAUAUUUGCCUCUCAGUACCAAAAAUAAGUUUAGUUGCCUUACAAUUUGAAAACGGAAAAAUAUGAAAGUGCUUUAUCUAUCAGUUUGUUCAAUGAAUUUUAUUUUUCCGGUCUGAUUAGCAUUUACCAUAUUUAAGCAGGCAAGAGCUCAAAUCGUGGAAUAAUAACAGGUAAAGGCUAACAACCUUUUUGUGUAAGUUUUAAGAAAUCUUCUAAUUUUCUUUUAUGGUGGAAUCGCUGAUAUGCAUUAUUACGCAUCAAUACCAGGUAUAGCUAUUGGGGCAAGUGCUUUCAUAAUGAUAGUAGCACUAUUUCUCAUAGUUGUUUAUCGAAAGGGGUCAUCCUACUUUAAAGGGAAUGAAACUUCUGUUGCAAUGGAACCUAUGAAUUCAGGGUCUAUUGGUAAAGUGGAGAAUUUUCUCCAAAGUUAUAUUCAUCAAAUGCCAACCAGAUAUUCAUUCUCUCAGCUAAAGAAGAUCACCAACAACUUUUCGGAUAAAUUGGGAGAAGGGGGAUUCGGUGUUGUUUAUAAAGGAAAGCUCCGUAGCGGUUUUUUGGUGGCCGUUAAACUUCUUGAUCAAUCAAGACAGAGUGAGGGCCAGUUCAUAAACGAGGUUGCAACUCUGGGAACCAUUCAUCAUUUUCAUUUGGUUCGCCUCAUGGGUUUUUGUUUUGAAGGAUUCAGAAGCGCGCUUGUAUAUGAGUACAUGGCCAAUGGAUCCCUAGAGAAGUUUAUAUUUCAAGGAAAAGAAGCAGAACAGAUGCUCAGUUGGGAUCAAUUGUACUCAAUUGCUUUGGGCGCAGCUCGUGGAAUUGCUUAUUUGCACCAAGAUUGUAGUAGGCGCAUCAUUCAUUUUGACAUCAAGCCUCACAAUAUACUACUGGAUGCAGAUUUCACACCCAAAGUAGCUGAUUUUGGUCUCGCUAAACUGUAUAAGAAGGAAGAGGACCAUGUAUCAAUUACGGCAACAAGAGGGACGCCAGGAUAUGUUGCGCCAGAGCUGUGGUCCAGAGAUUUGGGGCCUGUGACGGACAAAUCAGAUGUUUACAGUUUUGGAAUGGUAUUACUGGAGAUAGCCGGAAGGAGGAAGAACAUUGACGUGCAGGUGAGUCGUUCGAGUCAAUUGUAUUUUCCUGAAUGGGAGUUCAAAUUGAUAGAGAGUGGGGAGUUGGUGAAGAGGUUGAGAGAAAGAGGUAGAGGCGACAUGGAAGCGGAAGAUGAAGAGAAGUUAAGGAGAUUGGCGAAAGUAGGACUUUGGUGUAUUCAAUACAAUUCCAAUGACCGACCGUCAAUGAGCAGAGUCGUACAAAUGCUGGAAGGAAACGGUGAUGACGUAAGCAAUCCUCCAUUACCUUUCAACUCCUCCCCACCGCGUGAAGCACCGUUGUCAUCUUCCUCCGAAGAAUCUUCAUCCAUGCUAUAGAGUCCCGGAGAAGACUUCUACUCUAUCCAUCCAUCUAGGAAUGAGAUGAUGUGAGGAGCCAUCCUCAUUCCACGUAACUC